AUGGCGAAGAAUAAAUUUGGCACCGAAUUCAAGACCUACAUUCGCAUCGGUCUUGGCCUUCAAGAGCUGGGACCUUUGACCGCAGUGUUGGAGCUUUGGCCACAGGGCUAUCAGUCCCCAAAACAUCACCACGGAGGGUGUGCGGGCAGCAUUCGUGUGCUCUACGGAGAGCUGCACUGCCGCUUGUACAAGACGCUGCUGGAUGAGAGCCCCAUGGAGUUCGAGGAUGGGGAUUGCAGGCUCGAGCUUGGGCCGGGUAAGCAUCAAACGGUGAAACUACAGGCGGGGCAGACAACGUGGCUGAACCGGCAGAACUUCUGGGUUCAUGAAGUUUGGUGUGGCAGUGGUGACUUUGCACCCUCACUCCAUCUCUACAAAAGUUGCACGGAUGAGUUCGCCUUUGUAAAGCCUGGAGAGGAUGGCCGAGCGCUUUUGGACAAGCCGCCAGGAGGACCCAAAAAUGAUUUUUUUCUGGAAUCUUCAAGCCGAAGGCAUCGGCUUGCCGGACACAGAUGA